CGGUUGGGCGUCCACCUUCAAAGGCAGACACGAAACCAGAUAUCGUCGUUAACGAGAAGAGCGUUAGCAAAAUCCAUGCAAUUCUGCGCGUUGAGCCUGGGAGCGGCGAUGGGGACCCCCAGAACCGACUCAUCCUCAUUGACAAGAGCCGCUUUGGUACCACGGUCAACGGGCAAAAGAUGCCAACAGGGGGCUCUCAGGAGCUAGCUGCGGGGGACGCGGUGCAGCUGGCGCCCAAGACGUUCCUCAUGUGGGUCGCCGGGCGCCGGGAUCCAGGACCUCCCUCUGGUGUUGGCAGUGCACCCGCAGCACCCGCAGCUGCAUGAGCUACGGGAUGCCGCACAGAGAGCAGGCGCUCGCUUGACGCACGUCUUCUCCGGCCAGGUCACCC